CUUCCUGGCCCUCUCCUCCACGCCCUCGCUGCCCCUGCCCCCACAUGGCCCGCCCCGUCACAUGCCGCACCUGACAAGCGUGCCUUCCCUCCUCCAUCUCGCCUGCCGUCGCCUCUCCUGUGCCGCCCGCGCCCGCGCCCCGCUGCGCGCCAACCCGCGGCCCCUCUGCACCUCCACUCCCCUCUUGCUGCGCGCCAUGUCCUCCAGCGCCUCCGCCCGUGGCGCAGCCAGCACCAUGGCGCUGCCCGACUCGAUCCUCAUCACGCAGCUCGCCGUGCGCAUGCACGUCGGCGUCGACGGCUGGGAGCGGCUGCAGGCCCAGCCCGUCAACAUCGACGCUCGCGUCCACACCGACGUCAGCCAGGCGGGGCGCAGCGACCACCUGCCGCACUCGAUCCACUACGGCAUCCUCGUCAAGGAGCUCGAGAAGCACUGCGCCGAGAACCGGUACCGCAGCCUCGAGGCGCUCGCUGAAGGCCUGGCAAAGGUCUGCAUCUUCACCUGUAAGGCGCCGCGCAUCACGCUGCGCGUCGAGAAGCCCCGCUCGUUGCUGCACGCCCACUCGGCCGGCGUCUCCAUCAUCCGCAGCGCCGACGACUACGUCUCCAAGUCGGGCGCCUCGCCGCGCGCUCUCUUCGAUGCAGCAGGCCCGCCAGCAGACCGCGCUGAGACUGCUGCGCUCGAGCUCGUCGGAGAGGCGGGCGCCGAGGACACCGUCUUUGUGCGCGACCUCUCCAUCUCGACGAUCCUCGGUGUGAACCCGUGGGAGCGCGUCGAUCGACAAAUCGUCCUCUUCAACCUGCUCGUGACGCCCGGUGCUCGCUCGAAGCGCUCAGUGGGCGUCACCGUCGACAAGGUCACGCGUCCACAGAACUACCGCACUCUCGUGCGCGCCGUGACUGCUUACGUGGAGCGCACCAACUUCAAGACUGUCGAGAGUCUGGCGACUGCCGUUGCGCGCGUCGCGGUGCUCGAGAAUGGCGUGGAGCGGAUACGCGUGCGCGUCGACAAGCCGAGCGCCAUCAUGUUUGCGCAGGCCGCGGGCGUGGAGGUGGAUCGCGAUCGCGAGUUCUUUGAGCGCGAGGCGAUUGAAGAGGCCAGAGGACCGGCGCAGGUGCCGGUGCCUGCGCCAGCUGCUGCUGUCGUCGACUCGGUGCUCUCCGCCUCGCACCAGACGCGCAUCGAGCAGACGGCUACGGUCGCUGCGCCCGCGCCCGACGUUGGUGCUGCAGCAACGACUUCACGCCCGACUGCUGCGCCGCCUGCCGAUGCGCCGUGGCACGUCGUCGCCAUUGCCCUGGGCUCGAACUUGGGCGAUCGCGCGGCGCACAUCGAGCGGGCAGUGCAGGCACUCGCGAGCGCGCCUGGCUGCCGCCUCGUGGACACUAGCUUCCUGUACGAGAGCAAGCCACUGUACUACGAGGACCAGCCGCUGUUCCUCAACGGCGCCUGCCGGAUCGCAACACAACUGGCGCCGCUCGAGCUCCUCGCUCUGACGCAGUCGAUCGAGACGUCUCUCGGGCGCGACAAGCGCGGCGUGCCCGUCAAGGGUCCGCGCAUCGUCGACCUCGACAUCAUCUUCUACGACCGCCUCGAGUUCGAGACGCCCACUCUGACGCUUCCUCACCCUGGCGUGGCCGAGCGCGAGUUCGUGCUGCGACCGCUGGCCGACAUCCUGCCGCACUACCGCCACCCGAGCAGCUCGCGCACCGUCGCACAGCUGCUUUCCAUCCUCGUCAACUCUGAAGGCUACGAUGGCUCGGGCGACAUCUACCGCGUCCUGCCUCUGCCCGUCGACGCCAGCGCGGCAGCCAGUGGCUCUACAUCCACGCAGUGGGAGUGGGGCCGUCGCACGUACGUGAUGGGUAUUCUCAACGCUACGCCCGACUCCUUCUCCGAUGGUGGCGACCACGCCGGUGUCGCGGAAGCACUCGCGGCUGCUCAGCGCAUGGUUGAGCAAGGCGCAGACAUGCUCGAUGUGGGCGGCAUGAGUACGGCGCCGCAGGCCGUUGAGGUCAGCGCAGAGGAAGAGGCGGCGCGCGUCGUGCCCGUCAUCAAGGCUUUGCGAAGCGCAGGCAUCGAGACGCCCAUCUCGAUCGAUACGUUCCGCGCCAGCGUCGCACGCGCUGCACUGGAGGCAGGCGCCACUGCUGUCAACGACGUCUCGGGCGGCCUGCGCGAUCCUGCCAUUCUCGACGUCGUGCGCGAGGCCAGCUGCCCUUACAUUCUCAUGCACAUGCGCGGCACGUCCAAGACGAUGUCCUCUGCUGCCCACACCACGUACGCAGGCGGCGACGUGGUGGGCGGCGUGGCGCGCGAACUGGUGCAGCGUGUCGAUGCGGCACUGCGAGCCGGCGUCAGACGGUGGAACAUCGUGCUUGACCCGGGCGUCGGAUUCGCAAAGGACGCACAGGGCAACGUCGAGCUGCUGCGACACCUCAAUCGUCUCACUGCAGGCGGUCUCAACGGUGCUCUGGCAUCCACGACGGCCGGCUCGCGCGCGACAAGCGUGCCUCCUUCGCCGAUCCUCGGUCCCUCCGACGCCGACGCAUCUCCUCUCUCCUCGCUCGACGCAGCGCAAGAUGCAUUCGCACCACACACGGCACUCACGUCGUUCCCGGUGCUGCUGGGACCGAGCCGCAAGCGCUUCCUGGGCACCAUCACCGGCAAGACGGAGCCGAAAGCGCGCGUGUACGCGACGGCUGCAGCUUGCGCGGCUGGCAUCGCUGCGGGCGUAGACGUGCUGCGCGUGCACGACGUCGAGCCGAUGCUCGACGCUGCGCGCGUCAGCGACGCUAUCUUCCGUGCACCGCUGCCGCUGCCGAAGUCGUGAAUGAAGCUACGGAGGACCGUGGUGGAGGGCCAGGAGCAGGGACAGAGGCGAAGACUAGUUAUAGACACAACACUACACUCGACAAUAGCAAAUGCAGUAGACCGGCC